AUGACCAAGAAGAACUCGACCAAGGCCGAGCUUCUUGCACACAUCCAAGCACUCGAGCAUCGCGUGGCCGGAUCAUCUUCAGGGAUGGGCAAUGAAGUAGACAACCUCGCUCAUAGGAAGCGCACCCCUGUCGAGUACACGGACUCUAUGGUGGUCGCGUUGCUAGAGCUUCGCUUCAAUGCGUACCGCAACGCGUUCAAUGGCAGCAGAUCGGCAAAGCAACUCAGCUUGCUCUGGGAAAGAUUGACCGUGCAGUUCAACAUCGCAACGAACCAAAUCAUCAAUGUUGACGCCGACUCGAUUAAGAACAAGCUGCGAAAGCUUCGUGCAGAGUUUAUGGUUAUCCAACGCGCCUUGGUCCAGACCGGCAACGUCACACCAGUGCCCAAGCCUUCGUAUUACGCAGAGAUGCUAACGGCCCAAUUAGAGGCCUCAAUGAUCUGA